UGCAGGACGUCGAGCGCGCGCGUCUGGCGAGUGGCAACCCGACUGGCCACAUCGCGCCCCGGCCGCGUGUGCGGGGCGGAGGGCGGGGCUGGAGACCUGCGGCGGCGGGCGAUGCGGGCGGCUGCGGGCGCGCGGCUGGCUCGGCUCGGCGGCCGCCGCCGCCGCCUUCUCGGGCCCCGGCGCGGGGGUCGCCUCGGCUGCCGCGCCGUCCUUGAGCUCCUGGCGUGAGGAGCGGUCGGAGACGAGCACCGCGUUCAAGGCCGAGAAGGGUUCCGCGCACGGCCCGCCCCUUGCUAUGGACAGUGCCAUCACUCUGUGGCAGUUCCUUCUUCAGCUCCUGCAGGAGCCUCAGAAUGAGCACAUGAUCUGCUGGACGUCUAACAAUGGCGAGUUCAAGCUUCUGCAGGCCGAGGAGGUGGCGCGUCUCUGGGGCAUUCGCAAGAACAAGCCUAAUAUGAAUUACGACAAGCUCAGCAGAGCCCUGAGAUACUACUAUGUAAAGAACAUCAUUAAAAAAGUGAAUGGUCAGAAGUUUGUGUACAAGUUUGUCUCUUAUCCAGAGAUUUUGAAAAUGGAUCCUCUAACGGUAGGCAGGAUUGAGGGAGACUGUGAAACUCUAAAUUCCAUUGAAGCCAGCGGUUCCAAAGAUGCAGAGAGCGGGGGAAAGGAGCGGGCACCCCAGCCUGCAGCCAAGACAUCUAGUCGCAACGACUACAUACACUCUGGUUUGUAUUCUUCAUUUACUCUCAACUCUCUGAACACCUCCAAUAAGAAGCUUUUCAAGUCAAUAAAGAUAGAGAAUCCAGCUGAAAAACUGGCGGAGAAAAAAACUCAGGAGCCAGUACCAUCUGUCAUCAAAUUUGUAACAACACCUGCCAAAAAGCCACCCAUUGAACCUGUUGCCGUUACCUUUUCCACAAGCCCGAGUAUUUCUCCGUCUUCUGAAGAAACCAUUCAAGCUUUGGAGACGCUGGUUUCUCCCACACUACCCUCUCUGGAAGCCGGCUCUGCAUCCAUUCUGGCUACUGCCUUUAACCCCGCCUCUCCAGUCCCCCCGGCACCCCUCCCUCCGAAGGAGCCUCCUAGGACGCCUUCUCCACCAUUGAGUUCUAACCCAGACAUCGACACAGACAUUGACUCCGUGGCUUCUCAGCCAAUGGAACUUCCAGAGAACUUGUCACUGGAGCCUAAAAAUGAGGAUUCAGCUUUGCCAGAAAAGGACAAAACAAAUAACUCAUCAAGGUCCAAGAAGCCCAAAGGGUUAGAACUGACGCCCGCCCUUGUGGUCACAGGCAGUGACCCCAGCCCCCUGGGGAUCUUAAGUCCAUCUCUCCCAACAGCGUCUCUUACACCAGCCCUUUUUUCACAGACGCCCAUCUUGCUGACUCCGAGUCCCUUGCUCUCCAGCAUCCACUUUUGGAGUACUCUCAGCCCGUUUGCUCCCCUGAGCCCAGCCAGACUGCAAGGUGCUAAUACGCUUUUCCAGUUUCCAUCCGUGCUCAACAGUCAUGGACCCUUCACUCUGUCUAGCCUGGACGGACCUUCCACUCCUGGCCCAUUUUCUCCAGACCUACAGAAGACAUAACCCAUGCAGUUGUGGACUAAGAGACCAAGGAGCUAAGAAACAGAGAUGUCCAACAUGAUUUGGUUUGGAAUGAGGGCAAGUUCUGCAGUGCUCAUACAGACUGUUGUGAUUUUCCCAUGGCCUGUUGAAGGCCUUGUCAGGAUUCCCUGAAGUUGGACUGUAUAAAAAUGCCUUAAUUGGAGUCCAAACUCCACCUCACUUCUUUUUUAAAAGGUUGUUAUUGCUGUUUUUUGUUUAUUUUCUUAAGCUUUGUGCAAAAAAAAAAAAAAAAUUGGUCUGUUGGGGUUUAGCUGUGUUUUGCAAGAAAGUUCCAGAACAAAGUUACUGGUCCUACAUGUUAGGACUCUUUGGCCAGGGAGAAAAAGUAUGCUUAGAAUCUGUUAUUUUUAAAAAAUACUUGUUAGCUGUGUAUGAUGGCCCACCUCUGUGAUCCCAGCACUUGGGAAGCUGAGGCAGGAGAACACCAAGGGUUGAGGGCCAGCCUGAGAUAUAUAUAUAGAGAGAGACUGUCCCAAAAGGAUAAAAAUACUACUUCAAGGAAAUUGGUAGUCUGUUUAGUAGUAAGUAUGCUCUGUUGAAUGACUAAAAGGAGCCGCUCAUGAACAGUGGGAAAAAUAAUCAUUCCUGUUCUUAGGAGUAUAGAGUAUUACCAUGGGGAGGCUCUGUUUUGCUGUGAGCUCUGACAUGAUGGCUCCAUAGAAAGGCAUCUUGUUUGCCCUCAUCCUGGGUGGGAUCUCUGUGCUGUACCUGUGAUCUCGUCUGAACCUGUCAACAGGCCCUGAGUUUGUUUGUUUUUUUUAACACUCAGGCUCUGAAAGCUCAGUUUUAAUGUGGGUCUUGGGGCAUUCCGUGAAAAUACAGGACCCUCACUUCAGGCACAGACCUCUUGUCUGCUCUCUGAGUGGUGUGGUUCUGUAUCUGUGCAGCACAUCUCAGAAAAUGAUUGUUAGGAGAACAGAGUUGGGGUUUGAAAAUUGAAUAUUGGAAGCAAGCAAAAAGGUUCAGUUGAAAACCCUGAGACAUAAGGAGGGGCCUUUCCUAGCCAGAAGACACCCCGAGUGACGGCCCCCUUUUCUUCUUGCUAAUUUUAUCCACUUCUGCUGUGCACUCGCCGUGUGUCCUUUUACAUCUGAGGUCGGAGGAUAGCAGUGUUAGGGUGGAAUCAGGAAGGUGGGCUUGAAAGGGAAACUUUCCCGUCAGUCAGGAGAUAGGUGUGCUCAUUUCUUUCCAAAAGUGGUUUAAAUUAUGGAGGAUCAGAUUGCAUGUGGCCAUUCUCAUACAUAGGAAUAUGCUUGUUAAAUUAGUAAUGAGAACUACUUCUCAUUACUACGGCCACCUUCUCAUAUUGUCACAUUUAUGAAAUACUGUGUGGUAAGUCAGAGCCAGGAGUACGCAGGGACAUUGAUCUCUCAGACUGAAUUGAGAGCAGUCUCAGAGUGGAAUCUUGAAAAUUUUGACUCUAAAGUCCAGAACUAAAUUAAAUUACACGCCCCAUCCUCCACCCACUAAACCCUAGACACGACCUGAGUGGAAUGACGUAGGGCUGGCAAGCUCAGGAUGACCCAUGGAUACAGAGUGGCGUCUUUCAGGUGCACAGCACUGGCUGUCCGGUGCCAAGACGCUGAAGUACAGAAGUGUGUGCUGGCUGGGUAGUGAAGGGUGGCAGUGAGCUCCCGCUUCGUGGGGCAGUUGGAGACCUGUUACUGGUUCCUUUGUGGUUGUCUACAUGUUCUGUUCUCAUGACGUGCAAUAGUAGGGUUGAAAGGUCAUGUUCAGAGUGAAGGGAACAGGCACUGUAACGCGCUUUCUUCCCAUGUGGAAUAUUUAGUUUGCAUGCAUAUUUGGAAUUACCCUCAGCAGCACUUUGUAGUAAUUUAGUGGGUUAAUAUAGUGUGUACUAAGUAAAUAUGAGAGUAGACCUACCUAGGUGUUUGAAAUUCUAGAAAACAUAAAAAAAGUUUAUCUUCCUGAGUUAAAGGAGAAAAGCCAUUGGUUUAUUUUCACAGAUGAUAUAUUUGAUAACUUGCUGUUUUUAGCACAGAGGUGCCAUGGAUCCAAGGGCACCAUUGAAACUCAGGCUGGGUGUGGUAGCACAGGUCUGUGAUCCCAGCACUUGGGAAGUGGAAGCUGGAGGAUCAAGAAUCAGGGAUAGGCUCAGCUACGCAGUGAGUUUGAGACUAGCUUGGACUACAUGAGACCCUGUCUCGAAAAACAGAAGCAAAAAACUCAGAGCAACUUUGUAAGAAACCAUGAGGCCUUGGGCAGUAGAGGGACCUGCUUUCUUCUUGAAAUGAGUGAAUUCGAAGAAGUGUGUGUGUGUGUGUGUGUGUGUGUGUGUGUGUGUGUGUGUGGCGCGCGCGCACUCUCGUGCUCGCCUGUAUCCUUUUUAAAGUCAGUUUCUAACCUUGCUGUAUGUGUGAGGCAGACAUUUCUUCCUGUAGACUACCUCCUUCCUGAAAAAGUCUGAGCUUUGUAUGGUUUGAAUAACCAUAGAAUUCUUAGCGUCCACAGGUCAGUAUUCAGGGGAGAUUCUGUACCUUCAGCUUACAUCUGGCAUCCACGCCCAGUCAUCUUGCCAGGGCAAAUGGUGCUGGGUAUCAGUAGACAGAGGCAGGGGAGAUGAGCAGGUUGUCAGGGGUUGAGACAUCUUCUGAGGCCUCUUGGCUUUUCUUCUGCUCUGGACCAUCUCUGCUCAGCUCAGUGACUGAAGGUGUAAGAGUCGGGGUUUCAGGGUCCUGGGAAGACCUGGGUUUGGAGAGUCUGCUGGUUUCCUUGGUUUUCUGUGGCUCAGUGUGGUGCCCCACACCCCUGUGUAUACUUCCCUGGAUGCAUUUUCACUUGAUCUGUACUUUUCUCUUACUCAUGCUGAUUUUUUUAAAUACAAAAUUAAAAUGUCAGGUCUAACUUAAGUGAUCUUUUAAUGACUUCUCAUAAUAUUAUUGUGAUGUUACAGUCCUUGUAGUCUAUGUGUUUGAAUAAGAGUAGACAUUUCCACUGAUUAAAAAAGUAUGUAAUAUAUAAUUGAAUCUAAAAGCCCUCAGAAGGCCAUCAUUAAGCUUCAUUGAGUUAAAAUAUAAGUUUAUUUUCCCUUACAUUUUAACAGUUAAAAUAUAAGUGUAAUUUUUUUUU